AUGCAUCAACGCGCGCUCCUUUUCUCUGCUCUUGCUGUAGCCGCCAAUGCUCAACAGGUCGGCACACAGAAACCGGAAACCCACCCUCCUCUGACCUGGCAAAAGUGUACUGCUGCUGGCAGUUGCAGUCAGCAGAGCGGCUCCGUUGUGAUUGAUGCCAACUGGCGCUGGCUGCAUUCAACCAAAGAUACCACCAACUGCUAUACUGGCAACACGUGGAACACGGAGCUCUGCCCUGACAACGAAUCCUGCGCUCAAAACUGUGCUGUAGAUGGUGCCGAUUACGCGGGCACAUACGGUGUCACUACAUCUGGAUCCGAGCUUAAGCUCAGCUUCGUCACCGGUGCCAAUGUUGGCUCGCGCUUGUACCUUAUGCAGGAUGACGAGACGUAUCAGCAUUUCAACCUGCUGAACAACGAGUUCACCUUCGAUGUUGAUGUCUCGAACCUUCCUUGCGGUCUGAACGGUGCUCUGUACUUUGUGGCUAUGGAUGCCGAUGGUGGCAUGUCUAAAUACCCUAGCAACAAGGCCGGUGCGAAGUACGGAACCGGAUACUGUGAUUCCCAGUGCCCUCGGGAUCUCAAGUUCAUCAAUGGCAUGGCCAACGUGGAAGGUUGGAAGCCCUCCAGCAACGACAAGAACGCAGGCGUUGGUGGCCACGGAUCCUGCUGCCCUGAGAUGGAUAUCUGGGAGGCUAACAGCAUUUCCACUGCCGUGACUCCUCAUCCCUGUGACGAUGUCUCGCAGACCAUGUGCAGCGGUGAUGCCUGCGGUGGCACUUACUCUGCUACCCGCUAUGCAGGCACUUGUGAUCCCGAUGGCUGUGACUUCAAUCCUUUCCGCAUGGGCAACGAGUCCUUCUAUGGCCCUGGAAAGAUCGUUGAUACGAAAUCCGAGAUGACCGUAGUGACUCAGUUCAUUACUGCUGACGGCACUGACACUGGUGCUCUUUCCGAAAUUAAGCGUCUCUACGUCCAGAACGGUAAGGUGAUUGCCAACUCUGUCUCCAACGUUGCCGAUGUGUCUGGUAACUCGAUUUCCUCGGACUUCUGCACGGCCCAGAAGAAGGCCUUUGGCGAUGAGGAUAUUUUCGCGAAGCACGGCGGCCUCAGCGGCAUGGGCAAAGCCCUGUCUGAGAUGGUCCUCAUCAUGAGCAUCUGGGACGAUCACCAUUCUAGCAUGAUGUGGCUCGACAGCACCUACCCCACUGAUGCUGAUCCCUCGAAGCCUGGCGUUGCCCGUGGCACCUGCGAGCACGGCGCCGGCGACCCGGAGAAGGUCGAGUCCCAGCACCCUGAUGCCUCUGUGACUUUCUCCAACAUCAAGUUUGGUCCCAUUGGUUCGACCUACAAAGCUUAA